GUAGUCGGGAAUCUGCUUUUGUACAUGCCAUCUCCUCUGCUGGAGUUGUUUUUGCCAUCACCAGGGCAUGUAGCCAAGGGGAGCUGAAGUCCUGCUCCUGCGACCCCGAGAAGAAAGGCUCUGCCAAGGACAGCAAGGGCCAUUUUGACUGGGGUGGCUGCAGUGAUAACAUCGACUAUGGUGUUAAAUUUGCCAGAGCAUUUGUGGAUGCCAAAGAACGGAAAGGAAAAGAUGCAAGGGCACUGAUGAACCUUCACAACAACAGAGCGGGAAGGAAGGCCGUGAAGCGUUUUUUGAAACAGGAGUGCAAAUGUCACGGUGUGAGUGGAUCGUGCACUCUAAGAACCUGUUGGCUGGCCAUGGCAGACUUUAGGAAAACAGGAGAUUAUCUGUGGAAGAAAUACAAUGGAGCGAUUCAGGUGGUCAUGAAUCAAGAUGGCACGGGUUUCACUGUGGCUAAUAAGAAAUUUAAGAAGCCAACUAAGAAUGACCUGGUAUACUUUGAAAGCUCUCCAGACUACUGUAUCAGGGACAGGGAUGUAGGGUCCCUUGGGACAGCUGGUCGGGUGUGUAACCACACCUCCCGCGGCAUGGACAGCUGUGAAGUGAUGUGCUGUGGGAGAGGCUACGACACCUCCCGUGUCAGCAGAAUGACAAAAUGUGAGUGCAAAUUCCACUGGUGCUGUGCUGUGCGCUGCCAGGACUGCCUAGAAGUGGUGGAUAUUCACACCUGCAAAGCACCAAAGAGUGCUGGCUGGGUCUCCCAGACAUGAUGCACAGGCUACUGAUGCUGAAGACCACAGCCUUUGCCCUUCCUGGUCCAUGCAGAGAAUGCAUC